UUCAAGCUCGGAGAGGAGUGUUAUUGGUUGAUUUCGGCGUUUAGAGUUCUAGGCUUCAUUCAUCUUGUGCCUGAACUCAAUUUUUUUGCGGAUGAAAACAUACGAGUAACUCAUUUCAUCGUGCUCAAGAUGACUGCACGAGCAGUUCUGAAUGGGAGAGCAGGUUGCAAAAACUAUAAACUGGUUCCCUGUUCGAAGAAAAAGGUGAGUGGUGAACCUUCUCUGCCUGAUGAGCUGAUAUUCUACAUCCUUGUUUGGCUUCCGGCCCACGUUCUUUACAAUUCAACAAGGUACGUUUGUUGGCAGUGGUAUAAAAUCAUCCACGACCCUCUCUUCUGCAAGGAACAACUCCUUCAUUCCAGUACUGGCUUGCUAUUGCAAGACCACCAUGUUCCACAUAUUGCUCAAUUUGCAGAGUUUGGGGAAAUGAGUGCUACACUUACAGACAUAAAAUUUAAGUUUCCUAGCCGGGUUUUGUCUACCUGCAAUGGUCUAGUACUUUUUUGCAAUCCACAUGAUCCUUCAACAUUGCAUGUAGCUAAUCCUCUCACGAAGCAAACGGUAACUGUUCCUCCAUUAAAAUGCCAUCCAGAUGGCUCUUGUAUCUCAUUUGCUUGUGCUUAUUCGAAGAUGGGGUAUAAAGUGCUGUGCACCUAUGGGCCUGAUGGGGACAAACACAACUGCGUGAUGUUAACUCUGGGCAAAGAUAAUGCAUGGAAACAGAUUAACCGUCAAAAGUUGUCUGAUCGAGGAUGGAGUAUGAUCAAAUAUCGUCCAUUCUCUAUAGGACAAUUUCUCUACUGGGCUGAUCGUCGAGAAAAGUCUGUUGUUGUUUUGGAUGUGGAAUCUGAAUUAUUUAAUGAGUUUCGUAGCCCAGCAGUUUUGACUUGGAGAAGUCAUACUUCUAUCUUUUAUCAACGAAGAGGAAGAACACUAAGUUGCUCGCUGAUGACUAAGUGUAGAAGUUUGAUGGAUGUUUUGGUCUUAUCUGAUCCUACAUCUGGUGAGUGGAGGAUGCUCUACAAAAUUGACUUUGGUGCUCAAAAACAUUUAUUAACCGGCAUGAAUCAUGCCUCGUUCCCUCCUUCAGGGGAUGAAGCUCUUCUUUUUGUCCCGAUUGCUUGGGUGAACAAGGGUGAUGUGCUGGUUUUGUAUAUUUCAAGGCCAUCAGGUUAUUCGGGCUCCUAUUUUGCUUUCAAUGUCAAGACUGGAAAUUUCUUCAAAGUUGGGAGUAAGGAUUAUUGUGUCUUUGAUGUUUGUUGUGGUUAUGCCCACAGCCUUGACUCGCCGACACCCACCGAGGUAACAAUUCACAAGUAGCAGCAGCAGCAGUAGUGGCCAUAGAAUCAAAAUCUAUGUCUUAACGUCGUUCUUUUUUUUUUUUUUUUUUGGUACUUUGGAAAUUCAUGUCUUAAUGUUAUUCGUGUCAGUAUUAUCUAUUCCUGAACUUCUUGUGUUUGUUUGUGGAAGUGACAGUGAGACUAUCCCAGCUAAUAAACCUUGGAUGUGUUUCUUAUUUAAGUUAAUAACAUCAAUUGUGUUAUUGGUUUGA